UCCUCGUGCAGUGUGUUCGACAGUGUUGUUCUGCUCUGUGGAGUGUGUGUGAUUAUAUAUAUAACUUGAGUAGAUCGGGUGACACGGCGGUGGCGGUGAGCUGCACCUGCUCGCGCGCGUCACACUGUUCCCGCACGCGCAGCUCGCGCUCGCGCUCGCAGUGUCGUAACGCUAUAACGCGUCCUCAGCGCUUAACGGCUUCACUCACACAGCCAGGGACAUGACAUCUCAGAAACAGAAACAGAGACUGGCUGAGAUCAGAGCGCUGGAGAAUAUUCUGGACGGAUGCAAAUUCGAUCUCAGCGCCGUCGAUGAGGUCUGGCCGAACUUGUACAUCGGGAACGUGGCAAUCGCUCAGAACAGAAGUGCUUUAAAGAGGAUGGGCAUCACGCACAUCCUGAACGCAGCCCACGCCAAACAGGGCAGUCUAGGAGAUGAGAGUUAUUACGGUACUGCCUUUGUUUAUUACGGUAUCCCGGCGGAUGACUCGGGCAGGUUUGAUAUCAGCGUGCACUUCCGGCCUGCGACUGACUUUAUUCAUAAAGCCCUCAAGAAGAAAAACGGAAAAGUGCUUGUGCAUUGCAUUAUGGGAGUGAGUCGCUCAGCUACUUUAGUCCUGUCCUACUUAAUGUUACGUCAGCAUCUCACUCUCCGCGCUGCCAUCCAACACGUCAUCCAGAGGAGACCAGUUUACCCUAACAGGAACUUUCUGGGCCUCCUGCUUGAGCUAGACACACAACUGCAGAGAAAACGAAUGGUGUGUCCAAUUCUCUGACAUCACAGCACUGGCAAGAACUCUCCCAUGUGUAUUGUGACAAGACAAAUCUUUUUAAAAUAGUUUUCAGUCCAAAAGUACGUAUACAGUAUGUGUGUUUAUAUAAGCAUAUAUGUAUAGUACUUGUUUUAUACAUAUUUUAAUCUGCAUUUUUCGGUAUGUAAGAAAGCGUUCUUGCAAUUAAUAAGACGUUAGAGAUGUAUGUGGAUAGUUCACUAUAUGACAACACAUAGCUGUGACACUGAAGAAGUGCAUCAGAGAUUAUUCUUAGCGGCAGUUACAUUUAUAGCACAACAGAUAUAAUGAAGUAAUGACAACUGCGUUCUUGUAAUUCUUGGCUCGGGAUCUUCUCUGCCACGUAAUCUUUAAACCAAUCAACAGUAAUAAGAAAUUCGGGUAAAAAGGGGAGUGCUGGAGUCCUGGACUGAGUCUGUCCUGGGAACCCUGGACAUGGCAGGAAUACACUCUAUACAGGAAGCCAGUCCACUACCGAACACUAAGAUUAUUCGUAGAAACCGUAAUCCAAGCUCACAAUUAAACUCAGGACCCUGUCACCAUGAGCAGGAGACAACAGUAAUCACUGUGCAACCAUGCUGUCCUUAUUCAAGACACAUAGGUUUUAUUCAAGCAUGUACAAAGGACUGUUAACUUAUUAGAGACAGGCUAGUUGUGUACUGGAAUUAUCCUAUUUAUUUAUUUAUUUAUUUAUUUAUUUAUUUAUUUGUUUGUUAGGGCUUGUUAAACAGUGAUCUUCACUCUUCUCUGCAAAGAGCCAUUAUGGUUUCAGGCUUCCAUUCAAAAUAAAUAAUAACCUCAAAAUGGUAAUUUAACAAUCAAGAUCAAAUGAUUAAACGAGAAGGCAGGGCUAAGUGCUUCUGCUUAGUUAGAAUGUAAAAAUUGAUGGAGGCUUGCCAUUGGUGAAGAAAUCUGAAGAUCCCUGUUGUAGAGGCUGCUUUAUGAAAUUAAGCACAAAAGAAAACCGAGCCAUUCAUUAUUGUUGUGCUUUGUAUUAUAAUGAUGUAUUUGAUUUUAAAUAUUUUAUUCUUUAAAUGAUGUGUUUAAAGAUUAAUUGAUAACAGAAAAAUGUCAUCGUUUUUUAUUCAUUUAGAUUAUAUUUUGUUACAACAGUUUCUUAGGCUGGGGAAAGUGCAGUUUCUGAACCCAUCAGUAUUUUGAACUGAAAUGUAAUGUGUGGUGAUAACUGGACGGAUUUAAUUUUGAUUAUUACUCAUAGAGGAAAAGUCUAAAGACGUCAUUGAUUUGUAAAAAUGAUUCGUUAUGUAAUAACACUAAUAGGUUUCCUCCCAAAAGGAGUAAAAUUGCUACUAUUGUACGAACCGAGUAAAUAAAGGUUGUUUACACAGUCUGAGACUGACAUAUCAUUUGUAAAAUAAA